AUGGCCCCAUUUCAAACGCUUGAUCAUCAUACGGAUGAUGCAUUGGAGUGCGAAACAAAAUUGUCGCUCAACGAGAAAACUUGGGCAGAAAUCAUUGCUUUAUGCCAAGAAAGGGGAUUAAACGCAGAAGGAGAUAAAGCCUCUUUGAUACAAGUAUUAUGGGAUUGGAAACAAAAUACGCGACCAGUUCCUGCACCUUCUACUCCACGUCUCUUCGCGGCUGAUGGGUCGAGUAGCCCCCGACAAAACAAAAUUAACUCGGUAUAUAUAUCAUCAUUACUUCUUGAUGAUGAAACAAGCGAAAUUAAAUAUGAAGAUUUAGUAAUUGGGAAUAAAUUAGGUUCUGGAGGUUUUAAAGAUUGUUAUGCAGGAAAAUAUAAAGGGGAAAUUGUCGCUAUUGGAGAGCUUCGCGUAACUAAUUUUAGUGAAACCGACUUUAAAGAAAUGAGACACGAAAUUAAUGUCCUCAAGCAACUGCGUCACGAAAAUAUUGUCCAAUUCUUAGGAGUAUGUUCUAAUUCUAAACAUUUAUGCAUCGUUACUGAACUAUGUGAACAUGGUGAUUUGUUUGAUCACAUGAGGAGAGUUCCAAGACCAUCUUUUAGUCAACAGGAUUUGAAAUCUAUGAACAUAUUGAUAUCUUCCGAUUUACGAGCAAAAAUCAAUGAUUUCGGAUUAGCCCGAAUUAGGCCAAGAGCGAAUGCAAGUAUGCACACUCAAUGCGGUACUCCAAAUUGGCAAGCACCAGAAUUUUGGACCUCUAAUCCAAGUUAUACUGAAAAGGUUGAUGUAUAUGCUUGCGGGCUCAUUUUUUGGGAAAUUAUGACAUGGGGAGAAGCUGGAUAUCCUUAUCAAAAUUAUUCAGAACAUCAAUUAUAUGAAGCUGUUAGAGAUAAAAAUGUUCGUCCUCCAAUAGAAAAUUUAAGGAAUUAUCCAAUUACACUCCUUAAACUAGUUGAAUCUAUGUGGCAAAAAGAUCCAAGAGCGCGACCAUCUAUGGGUCAAGUGGUUGAGUCACUUGUCGAAUAUUUGUCUUAG